CUCGUUCCUGACGCAGGUCCCUUUGCCUCCGCGCCGCGACACGCAAUUGAAGAUUUGGUUUGUCUCGAAAUCAAGACAGAAGCAAAUAUGUCUAGCUCUCAGGAAAACGGCGUCCCAACCGACAACCCCCCUUCCUACGAAGCUCUAUCCAUUCCUCCUUCCACAGGGGUGCAAGCACCCGCAGCACCUCCGCCCGGGCGCCGCCCCCUCCGCCCUCCGCCACCGUUAGAACUGCCCGCCCUUAACCUUCUGCGAAAUAAGCGCAUCAUUCUCGCCUCCCAAUCUCCUCGCCGGAAACAACUCCUUGCGCAGAUCGGACUGCAUAAUGUCGAAAUAAUCCCCUCGAAAUUCGAAGAGAACCUGCCCAAAACGCUGUCCCCGUUCGAGUAUGUCCUAGCUACUGCGACGCAAAAGGCAUUGGCCGUCUAUAAACAGGAGGUGAACAAUGAACAGAAGGGCGAACCAGGGUUGAUUAUUGCAGCGGAUACGAUUGUCGUGAGUUCGGUAGGAGAUAUACUAGAGAAACCAAUGAGUGAGGCACAUCACAUUGCCAUGUUAAAAAGUCUCAGGGAUUCGGGGAUGCAUAAAGUCUACACUGCUGUAUGCGUGGUCACUCCCCUAGAAAGCGCAAGAGAUCCUGGGUACGCCAUCGAGACGGCCACGGAGGAAACCACCGUGAAAUUCGACUCUGAGGUCACAGACGAAUUGCUUCUGGCAUAUGUAAGGACUAGAGAAGGGGCGGAUAAAGCGGGCGGAUAUGGGAUACAAGGAACCGGAGCGGUUCUGGUGGAGAGGAUAGAUGGCAGCUUCGAUAAUGUGGUAGGCUUGCCAUUAAGGACGACAUUGAAGUUGAUUGAGAAGAUCAUGCAGAAGGCGGAGGAUGAUGAUAUUUUAGAGGGAGAGGGCGAGGAUCUGCUCGAGGAUGAAUGACGAGAAGUCAGUCUCUGAACGAGGACAAAAUCGGUGUCAGGGGCGCUCGGCGAACGGUUGCUUGAGUCAUCGUCAGUACAUAGAAGGCUCUACCAAGGACAGGCUGCUCGGUAGACAUUGUAUCGUUUGUAGAACCCAUGUUGUUAGAAUGCAUCAUGUACAUGGAGGUUUCUGGUCCAUUCUCCCC